CAGUCAGGCGGAGCAUCAGGGACGUGUAAAGCAUUUCACACCCGUUUCACACAGGUCUCGUACUCGGCGACAGGCGAGUGUCCAAAAUGACGCUGGAACCUCUCAAGUCGGCUUUAACCUUUGGGGAGAUCGGGGAGACGUCGCUCGCGCUUCCGUCAGACGGAAAUUCGCGCACGGGCGAGCGGCGCGUCAUGGAGCAGGUCAGCACGAUGAGGAAGAAGAGCAAGAGCAAGUACAACAACAGAGGAUCAGUAGGAACACUGUCCCCUACCAGUCCCAAAAGUGACAGUGCGCUUUAUGAAUACAAGGUCCCUUCCACGAAUCAUAAUGGAUCAGAUUUUGUGUUUGAAAGCACCCUGGCAAAUGGAAAUGCAAAAUUGAAAAAACACGGUCAGAGUGUAAUGCAAAGGAGUGUAAGCACCAAGUCUGCCUAUUCUAGGAUCAACAAAAUGUUACCAGACAACCUUCCUUUUCUAAGCCAAUCCAGUGGCUACACUGACAUCUCUGCCACUCAAGGAGGCAUUAAAAGUAACACCACUAACAGGAACCCGAAUUUCAGACAGACAAGGAGAUUAGUAAGGAGUCUCAGCCAACCUCCUGUCAUCAACUUUGGUCCACCUGUACAGAACAUCAGCUUUAUUGGCAACAGCAAUCAGACCUUUGGCAGCAAUACCAUCCUCAGGGGACCUCCAUCGGCCCACUCAAACUAUGAGUUUAAGCCCUCAAUGUCUGUAAAAAAGCCUGAGAUGAAUGGAAUGAAUGGAGAGGCAAACACAUCUGGAACCAAUUUAUCAGAGGCAGUAUACUUGCUAAAGAGCGGGGAUGAAAGGUAUCAGCUGCAAGGAGCUUCUGUAAUUCAGCAUAGCGCAUUUUCGAAUGACAAGACCAAAGAAGAGGUACGGAGGCUAGACGGCAUUAUUCCAUUGGUCUCCAUGCUUUCAAACAGAAACCCACAGAUUCAGCUACAGGCAGCCUCCGCCUUGCGUAACCUCGUUUUCAAGAAUUCAGUCAACAAGGAGCAGGUGCUGCACAAGGGAGGGUUGACCAAGGCUGUGGAUAUACUCAAACAGACUAGCCAUAAUACAGAUUUAGUCUCAUCCGAAAUUCAGAAGCACGUGACUGGUCUUCUGUGGAACCUGUCCUCAGAAGAAAGGAUUCAAUCCGCUCUGCUAGAUCAGGUACUGCCUGUUCUCAACUCAACGGUUCUGGAGCCGAAUGUGGAGAACAUAUGCAAGGGGGACUCUCCUCGUUAUGAGAGCUUAUGCAAUGCCACAGCAUGUUUACGAAAUCUGAGUUCUGGCAAAGUGGCAAACCGGCAAGCCUUGCGCAGCUGUCCGGGCCUGAUUGACUCACUCAUCAAUCACUUGGAGUAUUCUGUGGAAAAUUCCGGUCACGAUGAAAAGUCUGUGGAGAACUGUGUGUGUGUUCUGCACAACCUCACAUAUCAGCUGGAAACUGAGGUGCCUACUGUUUUUAGCAAGUUCAAUACACUGGCUUCUGAAAACCGUGCAAACACUGGUGACACCGGCCCAAUCGGCUGCUUUAGCAACCAAAGCCGCAAAUUACAGCAAGAGAUGAACUGUUCAUAUCCUCUGUUGGAAGAUUCUGAUUCCAAAGGCAAGAACCGACUUAUUCACCCAAAAACACUGCAGACGUACCUAAAUCUGUUGAACAACAGUCAGAAUACAAGGACUCAGGAGGCAUGCUGUGGAGCGCUGCACAACCUCACUGCCAAGAAGGGCUACGUGUCAGAUAUAUUGAGUAGCACCAUUGUUCAAAAGUAUAAUGGUCUGCAAAAUGCCAGUCAACUUCUCGCGUCACCAGAUCAGUCCCUAAAGAGCAGCCUUAUCGGACUGAUUGGGAACCUGUCUCGAACUCCAGGGGUGCAAAGAACUCUUGCUCGUCAGGCUCUUCCUGGUCUCUGCCAGAGCUUGAUUGUUAACCCUACUCCAGAGUCUGAUGGCAGCUUAGCAGUGGCCUGCCACACAAUAAACAAUCUGAUGAGGGCAGAACCUGAAAUGGGGAAGUUGUUGGUAAACCCUGUUAUGACUGCCGCAGUCAAGAACCUGAGUGGAAACACAUACAUGCCGAAGGCCAGUACAGCAGCAGGAGCUCUCCUUCAUAGCCUUUGGUCUGAAAAGACUAUUCAGACUGCCCUCAAGAAGAAAAAUAUGCCUAAGGCAUACUUUGUAAAUGAUACCACUUCAGCUGCAAUCAAAUCUUUACAGAUUGUUGAUUAACUUGAUAAUCCUACAGUUGACAUCCACAAAAAGUCCAUCUCUACAGAACAGCUACAUGAAACUGUACACAUGCAAUAAAAUCAUAUAUUCCUGUCCGCUUUAAAGAACUGCAAAGGUAAUAAAAAAGCAGCUAUGGGGAAUGUGAAAAAAGAAAAGGAAAAAAAAAAGCGCUGAGUUUGCACAAAAAAAAAAAAAAAGUUAAUUUCUUCAUCUUUGUAAUUUUACACAAUUUUUAUUGCAUGUAACCAAAUUAUGGGAACAUAUUACAUUUUUAUUGUUUUUUUUUUUUGUUAAUGGCUAUACAUUUUCUGUUUAUUUGAUGGAUUGCAGUUUUAAGCAUAAUGUCUAACCUGAAUAAAAAGAAAUGUCUGCCUAUAUAAAUGGGGAUAAACUAAAAUUUUCAUGUCUUUUUAUUUGGAAUAUAUGGCACUUGUAUUUAACAUGGAAGAAUGUUGCAAAUAUGUGGGUUUUUGUUCCUGCCAACCCCUUACAUUUAGCAUUAGGGUGAGGUAUAAAACACAGAGGUAUUAUUAAUAUUAUUUUUGUGCAUUGUCUCUUUCACUUGAUCUUAAUAUUUGAAGAGGGGUGCUUUGUAGUUGGUCAUUUCAUUCGAGUCUCAUAAUUAAAUUGUUAAUAUCUACAAAAAAAAUUUAGCAAAAACCAAAUAAAGCUUUUUGAAAUUGUA